UACGAUGCGCAUAGGGUGAUUAUCGAUUGUUGAAUUUAAAAAAAAAAAUUAACAUACACAAGAAACAUUCAAAGACAACAAACCAGCGGAAACAUAUGAUUGUGCACACAUUAUUGGACUGCGAUUGACUAGACGACACAAGCAAAAUCUCUUCUCUGAGUGAUUCCAAUGAAUUUUUUUAUUAUAUCAGGCAUUCAGGAGCAGAGAUAAGUACUCUGAUGAAAGAUGCCCUUCUUGUUCUUUUCAUAGUGAAACUUCGAUCCGUGCAUGGACGUGUAUUUUAUAUAUAAUAAAGAUAUAAGUUCGUGAUCCGUGCAAGCGAACGUGGCCGCCCUUGCUGUGCAAAUAGCCAAAUGAGCGUACAAACACUGUGCAGUGCAAAUAGCGUGAACUGACUGGAGACACCACAAUAUGGCGUCUGCAGCAACAAGAAAAGGAAAGCUUCGCGACACUCUGCUCUGCAGUAAGCCAUUGUGCCAAACAAUCUUUUAAAUGUGUGUUCACUUGGAUACAUCAGUCCUUAUCCUGCUUUUAAACAGAAACACAAAUCAGCAUGGGCAAAAUCAGCAAGAUCAUACUUUGUGGACAUUCAAAAGUUGGCAAGAGUGCAAUCAUUGAACAGCUUCUGUAUGGGAACCAUGUUUUUGAGAAUCCAAGUUUUUCAACCAUUGAAGAUAUUUAUACAGCAGUAAUUGAAACAGACAGAGGUGUAAAAGAAAAAGUUCGCAUAUUUGACACUGGAUCUGCAUCAGGGGGCCAGUCUGAUGCAGAUCUACCAAAGCACUACUUAAAUUUCCCUGAUGGCUUUAUACUUGUAUAUGACACAACGAAUUGGGAAUCUUUCCAACGUCUGGACAAAUUGAAAAAAGAUAUUGACAAGCACAGAGACAAGAGAGAGGUUCACAUCAUAGUAAUAGGCAAUAAGAGCGAAAUGACAGAGCAGCGUCAAGUGCAGUUUGACACAGCUAUGGCAUGGGCAACAAAGGAAAAAUUGCGACUGUGGGAAGUGACAGUUACAAACAGGAAGUCAUUAGUUGAUCCAUUUGUCUGGCUGACAUCAAAAAUUACACAACCUCCAAGCAAGACCAAUUUUUUACCAGGGCGUAAAACCAAGAGCGCAAGUAGCAACAACCUUGAUACAAGUUAACUGAAGGUCAUCAUCCAGUCCUGUUAAUGCUCUUUGGCAUGAAUACUCACGUACUCACAACAGGACUGCAAUACUGCAAGCACCAGGAACCUCUGCUCAGGUGUGUGCUUCAGAAUAGAAGAAAGGCAAGUUGAAACAACAGCUGCAUGGAAAGGUGCCAUUUACUGGUGAAUCCACAAGUUUCUGCAAUAUUGGAAAACAUAUUUCCAGUUCAGUGCAAUACAGUUGGUGACCAAACUGUUUUGGUUUAUUUUUAACAAAUGUAGCACAUUUCAUCCAUUCAUAGUUGAUGUUUACUUUAAACUUUGUGGAAUCAUUUUGUUGUCUUUUUUAUGAUAAAGCAUUAAUGCAUUGUAUUCUACAACUUCUGUCUUAUUAUGUUCAGUCUCCUCUGUGGGGUAGGAGAUAUUUUGGUCUCAUUUUUCAGGCCUUGAUGGCCUGACAUUGCGUAGGUCUAGUCAUGAAAAGCAUUUUUUAUACUGAAGUUGUGCAUGUUCAGAACUAUAUCAAAGAUGAUCCAGUAUAUAGUUGUGGUGAAUUCCGUUUUAAGUUUGUUUGGCAUCUGUUGUGUUACCCAAGGGUACCUAUUUUCUUGAAAUGAUUUUUAUGUUAUAUGAAACAUGUAACCAUCACAUGUAAAGAUUCAAUUUUUAAAAGUUUUAUUUCGUAUACGUUUUUGAUGUUUACAUCAAGAGGUGUUGAAUCGACACACCAUUCAUUCAUGAGUUGAAACGUAUUUGACCGUGUUGAGAAUUGUUGUUGCUAAGCCUAGCAUCUAAAGGAGAACUCUAAACAGUUGUCUGUGUAGGACACUGCUGUAAUGUGUGGACAGAGCUGUUGAAGAAGUUUUGAUGUUAACCUUAGCCUUAAUUGUAACAGCUGAAAAGUGAUUUUUAUUUAUUUUUUUGGUGGGGGUUAUUGGUGGAUACAUGUUUUAUAGGAAUUGGGAGGACAUGAAGAGCUGCAGCAUUUGCACAUCUCAGCACAUGCAUAGAAUAGGUGUCAAUGGUUGUUACUUAAAUGCAUAAAUGUUCGUAAUUUAGUAAAUAUUUUUUGCUUAAAGCAA